CACCCCCGUCCCUCCCCCUGGUGGUAGCUGCCGCAGGCAUAACGUGGGCGAGGCACACGAGGCUCUCCCCAGUCGACCGGUGUCAGCGUGUGUGGAGGGACGUCCCGCCAGGCUCCUCCGUCAGUCACAUCCUCUCCGUCCUCCGCCGCUCCAGCCCGCACAAUGAGUGAGGCGUACGUUACCUUGGCCACCAACGAUGGCUACGCGGUGGGCGCCCUGGUGCUGGGCCACUCCCUGCGCUCCAACAACACCUCCCGCGACCUCAUUGUUAUGAUCGCCCCCGCCGUCAGCCCCGCCAUCAGGUCGCUGCUCGAGGGAGUGUUCAACAAAGUGGUGGUGGUGGACGUGCUGGACUCCGGCGACUCAGCCCACCUGGCCCUCAUGAAGCGGCCGGAGCUGGGCAUCACCUUCACCAAGCUGCACUGUUGGACCUUCACAGAAUACUCCAAAUGUGUGUUCCUGGACGCCGAUAUGCUGUGUGUACAAAACCCCGACGACCUCUUCUCCCACCCGGAGUUGACAGCAGCAUGCGACGUUGGCUGGCCAGACUGCUUCAACUCAGGCAUGUUCGUGUUUGCACCAUCCCAGGACACCUACAACCGCCUCUUGCAGCACGCAGAGACCGCCGGCAGCUUUGACGGCGGGGACCAGGGCCUCCUGAACACCUUCUUCACCGACUGGCACCGUGUCUCCUUUGUGUACAACAUGGUUGCGUCCGCCACCUACACCUACCUGCCGGCCUACAAGCAGUACGGAGGGGAUGCCAAGCUGAUCCACUUCCUGGGGGCCUUGAAGCCGUGGCAGCACAGGUACGACAGCAACACCGGCAACGUAGACACCCCGGCCGGCUACCAGCACCUCGCCCCUUACCUCAACUCCUGGUGGGCCAUCUACAACCGCCUGGUGAAGCCCGGAGUCCCUGACGUGGAUCUACAAAAUGUCGAUGUCAAGACUCCCCUUGAAGAUGUACAGGAAGUGAAGGAAUGUUUACAAACUGUUGACAAAGAGGUGCACAAUGAACUGUGUAACUCCAUUCCAGUGUAUAUUGAAGAGGUAAAGGCUGAGCCCAGUGUUCAAAGCCCUGAAUGGUGUGACACUGAUCGAGUUUUCAUUGAGAAGGUAGAGAAUGAACCCAUUGUUGAGAGUUGCGGAGUUCCCCCUAGCUCAAGGAAGCAUCAUGAGCCCGAUAAGAGUUCUGAAGUCCCCCCUAGCUUGAAGGAGUCUGGUGAAACCAUUUGUGAGAAUUACAAACUUACCCUUAGCCCAAGGGAGUCUCAUGAACCCACUGAGAUUUUCAAAGUUCCCAACAGUGCAGAUGAUUCUGAUUUGUGUUUAUCCACUGAAAUUGAUGUAAAUAAAACUAAAGACAGGGAAGCAAAUAUGGAGAGCGAAAGCAAAGAGUUGGCAACUUCAGUCAAGUGUGAACUACAGGAGGUUGCCAGCCAGUUCUCCACGAUGACAGUCCACGAAGAGUCCUUAGAGGAGGGGAAGGCCCGGUGGGAGCGUGGGCAGCCUGACUACCUCGGCCGUGACUCCUUCGACAACAUCAAGGCAUACAUCGACAACAAGCUGAAGAGUAAUGGGAAGUAAGACAGUGGAGCUGGUCUGCAGGGACUCCACCAAAGCCAUGCAAGUGACAAGAGUGCAAGGAAGACAGUUUGGCAGUCAAAAUCUUGAGGGUUUGGUUUGAGAUGAGCUGAGCUGCUGGGGGAUUUAAUUAAAGGGAUCCUGCCUGUUGUGCUUUCAAAUGAGUGAAUGUAUGAAGAGUGUGAUAGAGUGAGCCUCCUUGUUUGUGCCAUUGAAGUGUUUGUAACUGUCAAGAGUCUUAAAAGUGGCAUUAGAGGGACGUGGAUGUGCACAUGUUGAAUUGUUUCCUACACACAGUUAGAAUCAGGAACCAGGCUGAUAUUAAGUGACAAUUAGUUUAGUCAGUUACCUCACACAUCUAAGCUUUUUUCCGAUGCUUGAGCUUGUUUUGUCAAUCAAUUCUGUACGUCUUUGUUCUCUUCACUUCGCACACAUUGUUUUGAACCACAAGGAAUCUCACAUUUUUUUAUGUUUUAUUGGAUGUCUAUCUAGUCUUAAUUAGUUGCUCAAUUUCAUGUAAUAAAAGAACCUCUCCCUCCCCCAAAAGUGAACACAGUGCCUUUAACAAUGGGAGGGUGUCAGGAAGGUUGUAGGUAGUUUGGCUACAGAGAUGGACACCCUCAGGGGCCUCGCCAUCACGGCCGGCAGCACCAUUGCAAAAUUACCGAGAAAGUUUUGUUCUGACAUUCCGCAUUGCCCAGAGGCUUCUCUCUCUACAGGAAGUAUUGUCUUUAUUUAAUGUGCCAAAUUGAUUGGUCCAUGCCACUGGAAUAAACAAUGAGCAUAA